AUGGAAACCGGUGGCGGUGGCGGUGACGGAGGGCAACCUGGAGGUUACGGCGGAAGAGGAAUUCAGCAACCGCCUCAGGAGCUGAGUCUGCAACCAGAAUGGAGACGCCCAAGGUCAAGUGGCUCAGGCGGAAGAGUGGAGAACGUGAUUCUUCAACCGGAAUGGAGGCGAGGGCAGUCAACUGGUUCUCCUUCUAAGUCUGGCGGUGAAGCGCAGAAAGAGGAGAACGUGAUUCUUCAACCAGAAUGGAGGCGAGGGAAGUCAACUGGUUCUCCUUCUGAGUCUGGCGGUGAAGCGCAGAAAGAGGAGAACGUCAUUCUUCAACCAGAAUGGAGGCGCUCAAGGCCAACUCCAACUCCAAGUGUUUGGGAACCAGAAUGGAGGCGAUCAAGGCCAACCGCUUCUCCGUCGUGGAACCAAAAUUACGGUGGCCGGAAACCAGGAACGUUGAUUUCCUGUGGUGUUGAAAGAAGCAGAGACACUAAUGACUUUUGGCGACAUGCUCCAACUCCAGAAGAAUCAACACUAUUCAUUUUCAUUGCAGAUUCUGUAGUUCCCAAACUGCAAAGACUUCAAAUAUCGAAACAAUUAGCUAUGUCGCCUAGUACCCUCGAAAGAAAGGAUAAAAUUUCGCCUAUUCGGAGACCUGACAAUGGUGGCACGCUAGGUAUUCUAACGAGCAGACUUCGUGUCAAUCAUUUCCUUGUUAAGUUGAAUCCAGAGAGUAUAAUAAUGCACUAUAAUGUUGGUGUCAAACCAAAGUUUUCCUCAAAUGUUGGCCAGCCUCAGAAAUUAUCGAAGUCUGAACUUUCCAUGAUUAGAGAGAAAUUGUUUUCUGAUGAUCCUGAGAGAUUGCCCUUGGAGAUGACUGCACAUGACGGUGCGAAAAAUAUCUUUAGUGCAGUGCAAUUACCAGAAGAAACCUUUACUGUGGAUAUCUCGGAUGGAGAGGAUGAAAAUACCAUUUCAUAUAGUGUUACCAUAACACUUCUUAAUAAACUCAGGUUUUCCAAAUUAAUGGACUAUCUUAGUGGGCAUACACCCUCAAUUCCUAGAGAUAUUUUACAAGGGAUGGACGUGGUGGUUAAAGAGAAUCCAGCCAGGCGCACAAUUUCUGUGGGACGACAUUUCUAUCCCACAAAUCCUCCUUUGGUAAUGAAGGAUCUUCACCACGGCAUAAUUGCCGUUGGGGGGUUUCAGCAUAGUUUAAAGCCUACAUCUCAGGGUCUGUCCUUAUGUGUAGACUACUCAGUGUUGGCUUUCCGAAAGCGAAGGCCAGUCUUGGAUUUCUUGUGUGAGCAUAUUGAUAACUUUAAAUUAGAUGAAUUUGAAAACUUUAGGAAAUAUGUUGAGGAGGCACUUAUUGGAUUGCAAGUUAAUGUGACUCAUCGUAAAUCCAAACAGAAAUACAUUAUUGUGGGAUUAACACCUACGAUUACAAGGUAUGUCACUUUCGCCAAUGACAAUACCGAGGGCUGGAAUCUUUCAAAGGAUGUUAGUCUUCUUAGCUUUUUUAAAGACAAAUAUGGCAAGGACAUUGUAUACAAAGAUAUUCCUUGUUUAGAUUUAGGGAAAGGCAACAAGAAGAACUUUGUACCCAUGGAAUUCUGUAUUUUAGUCGAGGGCCAAAAAUAUCCCAAAAAGCAUUUGGAUGGUGUUGCUGCGAAGACAUUGAAAGCAAUGUCACUAGCUCACCCAAAUGAGAGAGAGGGUGCAAUACAGAAGAUGGUGCAGUCAAGUGAUGGACCUUGUGGUGGUGAUCUUAUUCAAAAUUUUGGAAUGAGUGUCAACACGACCAUGACAACCAUUGUAGGACGUGUCAUUGGCCCCCCAGAAUUGAAGUUAGGUGAUCCAAAUGGCAAGAUUAUCAAGAUAACACUGGAUCUAGAGAAAUGUCACUGGAACCUUGUUGGCAGAUCAAUGGUAGAAAGCAAACCAGUUGAGCGUUGGGCUAUUCUUGAUUUCACCAGUUCAGGGCCAUAUAAGUACAAAUUAAGAGUAAAGGAAUUCAUUCAAAAGCUUAUUGGUAAAUACAAAAAAUUGGGUAUAGAAAUGCAGGAGCCCAUUUGGUACGAGGAAUCUUCGAUGAAUAUACUUGCGAGUUAUGAUUUGUUAUCCGAAUUGCUUGAAAAAAUUAAAUACAAUUGUAAAUAUAACCAAGGUCACCUGCAAUUUCUUCUCUGUGUAAUGGCUAAAAAAAGUCCAGGUUACAAGUACCUCAAAUGGAUUUCCGAGACCAAAGUUGGUAUAGUGACACAAUGCUGCUUGUCUUAUGGUGCUAAUCAAGGGGAGGACCUAUUUUUUACUAAUCUGGCUCUCAAGAUCAAUGCCAAGCUUGGAGGCAGUAAUGUGGAGCUCAGUAAUAGGCUCCCUUACUUUGAGGGUGAAGGACAUGUUAUGUUUUUAGGGGCUGAUGUCAAUCAUCCCGGUUCACGGGACACCAGGAGUCCAUCAAUUGCUGCUGUGGUUGCAACUGUUAAUUGGCCUGCUGCAAAUCGUUAUGCAGCACGUGUUUUCCCUCAGUACAAUCGAAGUGAGAAAAUAUUGAACUUUGGGGAGGUUUGCCUUGAGCUUGUUGCAUGUUAUAGGAGGAUGAAUGGAGUCAGACCAGAAAGAAUUGUUGUUUUUCGUGAUGGGGUGGGUGAGUACCAGUUCGACAUGGUUCUUAAUGAAGAGCUAUUAGAUUUGAAGGGAGCAUUCCAAAGAUUAAAUUAUUUCCCAACAAUCACUCUAAUUGUAGCACAAAAACGACAUCAAACUCGGUUGUUUCCAGAGGGUUGGAGGGAUGGGUCUUCAAGUGGUAAUAUUUUUCCGGGAACAGUUGUGGACACAAAAGUUACACACCCUUUUGAGUUUGACUUUUACCUUUGUAGUUAUUAUGGAAGCCUAGGUACAAGCAAGCCCACUCACUACCAUGUCUUAUGGGAUGAGCACAAGUUUACAUCUGAUGAAUUGCAGAAGCUCAUAUAUGAGAUGUGCUUCACCUUUGCAAGGUGCACUAAACCUGUAUCUUUAGUCCCUCCCGUGUACUAUGCUGACCUUGCUGCUUAUAGAGGACGAUUAUACCACGAAGCAAGCAUUGGGAUGCAAUCUCUGAAGUCAGCAGCAUCUCCAUUUUCUAAAGCUUCUUCAUUGGGUUCACCAACUGCUUCAUUUGAACAGGAAUUUUACAGGUUGCAUGCUGACCUGGAAAACAUAAUGUUCUUCAUCUAAAGGACCUAUCAUCCACUCUUCCAGUAGCUGGGGAAAAGCUUACAACUUCUCUCCUGUCCACACUUGUUACGAGUCUAACUGCUUUUUCUGCUCAAAAUGGUGAAGAAGUUUGUGCGCAAAUCUAAUGGCGCGUGAGUCUUGAAACUAUCUUCUGUUUGCUAUAGUACCUUUCCAGUUUAAAGGAUUUUUAUUCCCAUGCAUAUUGGUAGGCUCUAAUCAGCUGGCCAUUCUGGAGCUCAAAGCUAGACCUUUAAGUAAAUUUUUUAUCUUUUAAUGGGUAUGUAUUCAGGUGCCCAUUAUCUGUUCCUGCACCUUCAGGUGUGCCCUAUAGCAUUAUGUCUCACUGCCAACAUGUGUGAAUUAAAACUAAUGUCUAGUGUCAAGAACUAUAUGCUGCUGAAAACUGGCAAUAUCUAUUUUCUCUCUAGACUUUAUAGUGCUAUGCUCAGAGGAACUCAAAUUGGCAUGCUAUCUUCUU